AUGGUCAAGUGGGCCGUGGAGUUAGGGGAGUACGAUGUGGAGUAUGAGCCGAUAACGGCAAUCAAAGCACAAGCUCUGGCGGAUUUCAUCCAAGAAACCACUCGCCGACCUAUGCAAGAAUUUUGGGUCGCCUUUGUUGAUGGGUCGGUUACCAAAGAAGGGUGCGGAAUUGGGGUGUACAUCAUCUCGCCAGGAUAUGGGAUAUAUCAAUUUGCUAUCAAAUUCACCUGCCAGAUGUCCAACAACGAGGCCGAGUACGAAGCUGUGGUCAGAGGGGAACAUAUUUUGUCAGAACUGAAGGCUGAAUGUGUUAUCAUCAGGACGGAUUCCCAGUUAGUAGCUCAACAACUGUCGGGGGCCUACCAUGUCAAGGAUCAGCGGAUGAAGGCAUAUCACUGCAAAAUCAGUGAUAUGAAGCAAAAGUUCAUGGAGUUUAAGAUCGAACAGAUUUCCCGGGAAGAAAACACCAAGGCCGACCUACUGGCGCGCAUGGCCAGCGUGGUGGAACAAACAUGGAAUGAAGAGAUCAUCUUGCUCUGUGAUACCAGAGAAAUGGGGACUUCACAAGUUAUCUCGGUGGAAAUAAGAGAUGACUGGCGGGCUCCAAUUAUACAUUUUCUCAAGACAGGGGAGCGGUUGAGCAGAGAAUCCGAUCAGAGGGCUCGCUACGAGAAUUAUUGUUGCUAUGGUGGUCACACGGGAUUCCAAGUUCUCGUAUGCAAAAUCAUUCGGGCAGGGUUCUAUUGGCCUAACAUCAACAAAGGCGCCAGGGAAUUCAUCCGCAAAUGCGAGGCCUGUCAGAGACAUACAGGAAGAAUCAACGUCCCGGGGGAAACCAUGGGAGUCAUGUAUGCUGCAUGCCCAUUCGACAAAUGGGGCAUAGAUAUCGUUGGAAAGUUGCCCACGGCACCAGGGGGCAAGUGUUUCCUCAUAGUGGCAGUAGAUUAUUUCUCCAAAUGGGUCGAGGCCGAGGCCGUGGGGAAGAUCGACGAGCGUUUCGUGUUCGUAGCUCAUCCUCAAGCGAAUGGGCAAGUGGAGCUAGCAAACAGAUCAAUUUGCGAAAGCAUCAAAAAGCGGUUGAAUCAGAGCAGAGGGAAAUGGGUCAAGGAGUUGGACACCGUCCUUUGGGCCUACCGAACUAGCCCAAAGACGAAAACAGGAGAGGCGUCUUUCACCCUGCUCGAUCUUGUGGAAGCACAGAGGGAAGAAGCUCAGAUCAGAGCAGCGAAGUACAAAAGCAUCAUUAAGGCGGGAUACGACAAGCGGGUCAGAGCAAGGAAGUUAGCCAAGGGCGACCUAGUCCUCAAAAGAGCCGAUGCACUGAAGCCAGUGGGCAAAUUUGAACCCACUUGGGAGGGCCCCUUCAUCAUCACCGAGGUCCUGGGCGGCGGAGCGUACAUUCUGUCGGAUCCAGACGGCAGAGCUCUUCCUAGACCAUGGAACAUCAAUACUUUGAAAAAGUUCUACGUGUAA